CUUGCACCACUACCCAUCUUAGUUGUUAAAUCCAAUCAUGCUGAGUAGCUGCUCCAAUACCGCCAUGUCUUCUGUUUCUUACAAUACUGCAUCUAUGCCUGGAAGAAGAAAACGUAGUCUUUCUCGCUCGAUUCCACAUCAGAAAACUCGCAUGAGUCUGCAAAUGAAAAUGCAACUGCAUCAUAGCAAGCCUCGUAGAUCUCGCAACAGCGAUCUGUUUGGCAUCAAAAGCAUCCAUACUAGUGCUAAUGGUCACCAUCACUGCACUUCACAGAUCAUACUUUGCAAUCGUUUAACAAGCCACAUACACAAGCAGCAACCAUCUCAUAUGGAAAUUGUGUCGAUUCGUAAACUCAAGAAAGAGGCAUUCCGAAAGCUCAAUUGCCAGAUGGCUCAAGACCAGCUUGCGUUUGUGCAGCGACUGUCGCAUGACAAUCGUCUGUUUAUGCCAUCGUUGCCAAACACUGACGACAUGGCUGCUGAUAUCAACAAUCUACAAUUUGAUUUUACAGAAUCCACUCCACUCGACACUGGUAGCAGUCUGGCUGAGAUUCCACUGGAAACGACAGUCUCUAGUGAUGCAAUCGACAGUGACAACGAUGUAUGUAUAUUGGGUGCUUCACAUCGUCGUGGCUCUCAUGGCAUUGAGGCUUUAUUGGAUGGCAUGUGUGGUAUCUCUGUAUCACAAGACGACUUUGAUCAAGUGCUAGAGUUUGAACAAAUGUAUCAACAUCACUACGAUCCCCACUACUUGGAUGCUGCCAUUGGGGAUCUAUUUUAG